CUUUCGCCUCAUACUCAGGAGCUAGACUUUGUGUUUGGGGGCGAGAAGCUGUCAACUUCUGAUGUGUGAGGUUUUACUUAUAAUUUACUGAAGUAAGUAGAGCACCACGAGAAGUCAAGAUGUUUGCUGUGCACUUGCUGUCUUUUUACUUCACCAAGCUGCAGGAGGAUCAGAUCAAAAAGGUGGACCGCUUUCUGUACGCCAUGCGCCUAUCCGAUGAGCAGCUUUUGGACAUUUCGAGACGUUUCAGAGAGGAGAUGGAGAAGGGUCUGUCCCGGGAGAGUAACGCUGCAGCUGCCCUGAAGAUGCUGCCCACACACGUGUGCUCCACUCCAGAUGGCUCCGAGAAAGGUGAGUUCCUGGCACUGGAUCUUGGUGGUUCCAAGUUCAAGGUGCUCCAGGUGAAGGUAUCUGAGGAUGGAAAAAGAAAAGUGCAGAUGGAGAGUGAGACCUUCCCCAUCCCAGAGGAGGUUUUCAAUGGAAAAGGAACAGAUCUUUUUGUUCAUGUGGCCCAGUCUUUAAAAACCUUCAUGCAGAAGAAUAACAUCAACCAGAAGAAGAAACCACUGGGCUUUACCUUCUCUUUUCCCUGCCUCCAGUCUAAGCUAGAUGAGGGUGUACUGCUGUCAUGGUCAAAGAACUUCAAGGCCAGAGGUGUAUUGGGCACCGACGUUGUACAGGCACUGAGGCAAGCCAUCAGCAACGUGGAGGGGAUUGAUGUGGACGUCCUGGCGCUUGUCAAUGACACAGUGGGGACCAUGAUGACCUGUGGAUAUGAUGACCAGCAUUGUGAGGUGGGAGUCAUCAUAGGUACGGGCACUAAUGCGUGCUACAUGGAGGAGCUGAGACACAUUGACCUGGUGGAAGGAGAUGAAGGCAGGAUGUGCAUCAACACAGAGUGGGGAGCUUUCGGAGACGAAGGGGCGCUUGAUGAUUUCAUCACCAAUUUUGACUGUGAAAUCGACGCAGCUUCCCUCAACCCUGGAAAACAGUUGUUUGAGAAGAUGGUGAGUGGGAUGUACAUGGGGGAGCUGGUGAGGCUGAUUCUGCUGAAAAUGGCCAAGCGGGGUUUGCUCUUUAAGGGCAGAGUCUCAGAUGCUCUUCGGACCAAGGGAAAAUUUCAGACCAAGCAUGUCUGCAUGAUCGAAGAGUACAAGGACGGACUGAGGAACACAAAGGAAAUCCUCACUGAGUUGGGCCUCAGUCCCACUGAGGAUGAUUGUAUUGCAGUACAGCAUGUUUGCACCAUCGUGUCCUUCAGGUCAGCUAACCUGUGUGCUGCCGCUCUGGCUGCCAUCCUCACCCGCAUAAGACAGAACAAGAAGCUGAAGACCCUGAGGACCACUGUUGGAGUGGACGGGACAGUCUACAGAACUCAUCCUCAGUAUUCCAAGAGGCUCCAUAAGGUGGUUCGGCGUCUGGUGCCUGACUGUCACGUGCGUUUCGUGCUGUCAGAGAGUGGCAGUGGAAAAGGGGCUGCCAUGGUAACCGCUGUGGCGCAGCGCCUAGCGUCCCAGCGCAAAGAAAUCGAUGACACGCUCGAAGCCUUCACACUUAGCUCAACACAGCUCCAGCAGGUAAAGGAGAGGAUGCGGGUGGAAUUGGAGCGUGGCCUGAAGAAAGACACUCAUCACACUGCCUCAGUCAAAAUGUUGCCUUCCUAUGUUUACAGGACUCCAGAUGGGACAGAGAGAGGAAAGUUCCUUGCCUUGGAUCUGGGUGGAACCAAUUUCCGAGUGUUGGUGGUAAAGAUCCGCAGCGGAAUACGCAAAUCUGUCCGCAUGUAUAACAAGAUCUAUGCAAUUCCACUGGAGAUCAUGCAGGGCACUGGAGAAGAGCUGUUUGAUCACAUAGUGCACUGCAUCUCAGAUUUCCUGGACUACAUGGGGAUGAAGAACACCCGCCUGCCCCUUGGCUUCACCUUCUCUUUCCCAUGCAGUCAGACUGGUAUAGAUAAGGGAACUUUGGUGAGCUGGACGAAAGGCUUCAAAGCUACUGACUGUGAGGGGCAUGACGUGGUGGAUAUGCUGAGGGAGGCCAUUAAGAGACAAAACGAAUUUGACCUUGACAUUGUUGCUGUUGUGAACGACACCGUUGGCACGAUGAUGACGUGCGCAUAUGAAGAUCCUAAAUGCGAGAUCGGACUAAUUGCUGGAACGGGCAGCAAUGUGUGUUACAUGGAGGCGAUGAAGAACAUUGAAGUAGUGGAGGGGGACAACGGACAGAUGUGUGUUAACACAGAGUGGGGCGGCUUUGGGGAUAAUGACAACAUCGAGGACAUCCGGACCAAGUUCGACCGGGAGGUGGACCAAGGCUCCCUGAAUGUUGGGAAACAAAGGUUUGAGAAGAUGACCAGCGGAAUGUACCUGGGAGAGAUCGUCAGGCAGAUUCUCAUAGAUCUUACCAGACGGGGUCUUCUGUUUCGUGGUCGCAUUACAGAGCCUCUGAAGACCAGGGGCAUCUUUGAGACCAAGUUCCUCUCACAGAUUGAAAGUGACCGCCUGGCACUACUGCAAGUGAGGUCCAUUCUGCAGCACUUGGGUCUGGACAGCACGUGUGAUGACAGUAUUAUUGUGAAGGAAGUGUGUGGUGCUGUGUCACGCCGAGCCGCACAGCUCUGUGGAGCAGGAAUGGCUGCCAUUGUUGACAAAAUCCGGGAGAACCGAGGACUAGACCAUCUGGACAUCACUGUGGGGGUGGAUGGCACGCUCUACAAACUGCAUCCACACUUCUCUGGAAUCCUUAAGGAGACAGUGAAAGAGCUUGCCCCGAAGUGUGAGGUGGAAUUUGUCCUGUCUGAGGAUGGCAGUGGAAAAGGAGCAGCCCUUAUCACAGCCGUGGCUCGACAGCACCAUAGAGAGGCAUAACAGUAAUGGAGUGGAUCAUGUUCCAGCAGCUGGGAUACUGAGGGGAACUAUUUUUCUAUAUUAUGCUCUGUUUUGUACAGUGUGUCAUCAAACUGAUUCAUAAACCCCGUCAUGAAGCUUAAACAUUCUCCACAGAUGAUUUUAAUGUUGCUUGGUGGAAAUGUUCCUUUGGUGUGUUUGUGUAAAUGUGGAACAUGGAAAUCUGGAAAUUGGAGCUUGGGGACUUUCAGUGAUUAAUCACAUGUUUGGACAGCAUUCUGCUUUCACAGAUUAUUUUGUUAUUUAUCAGUUUCUUUACCGGCAUGUCUCUAUGAUCAAACUCUCAUCUACUAGGGGUGAGUGUAAGUUUGAGUGUAUGGUGGUAAAGGUUUAACAGCCUGAAAAAUAUGCCUGUUUGGUGGUUAACUAAUCAAAACUAUGAUCAGUAUCAUACCAUUAUACUAUACUAUAAUACCAUUAACAGAAAUAAAAAUUGAAAAUAACAAUACUAAUAAUAAUUUAAAAUAUGUUGGUGCAUUUUGCAAUCCAGUACAAAUGCUAUUCCGUGCUGCAUUUGCAUACAUAUUACACUGUGCUUUUCUUUUAUACUACUGAAAAAACAACAUCUAGGGCAGACACAUCUACAUUACACAUUACAUAUUAAUUUUUACACUAUAAAGUUUGGUCAUUAGGGGGAGCUUUUCACCUACAAGCACAGCCAUUGGCUCACGAGCUGCUGAAUGCUGUCGUUUUAAUUGGUUCCCUACUGAAACAUCUGCAUGAAUUAGGGAGUGUUUCAUGUAAAUGAAGUGCUGGUAGGUUGGCGCUUGAUUUCACGCACUGAAGCUGAUUCAUCAUUUGCGCCCAAAUCCCUGCUUGUUUUCACAUUGUACGAAAGGGUCAUGGGCCAGACACAGAGUAGCUUGUAUGUUGAAGGUGGUCAAAUCUUUCUUUUUACGAAACUUAAUAAGGAAUAAGGCCAAUAACUGUAUUACUCUGCUCAGCACUGGUUGAAUCGCUGCAGAUCAACGUUGCUAAUUUUCUACAUUAGCACAUGCAAAACAGAAAAUGAACACAUUAGAUAAUUCCUAUAUGCAGUAGAUUCUAAAGAUUAUUCAUUUUUGAAUAUUUCUAGAACUGAUUAAUCUAUUGACCAUUAUUCGAUUCACUGAUUAAUCAAACCAUCAUACCAUCCUCUCAUGUUGCCGUGUUAAUUCUUCUGAAGUUCCAUCUGUAUAAUAACCAAUUCCUUGUUUUAUGGUUGAGCAGAAUAUUGGACAUAUGGCUCCCAACACCUCCAAAGUGUACCGCAAAGACAGUGAUGUGUAUCCUAUGAACAUUAUGGAGUGCUGUUGUUUUUAAUUAAACCAAAGUUUAGACUUUUUCCAUUAUCAAUGUCUAAUGAACUCGUUGUAGCCCUA